CCGGCAUGGAUAAGGAACCAAUGCCUUGCGAACCUUUCCAUGGGAUCAUUUACAUCGGCGACAGCAACCACUGGCAGGUAACGGGGCCAAUGUCGCGCUCAUGGAUGGCUAUAGCCUGCACAUCAAAGUGCGUACCUCCUCUACCCCCAUUUCAUUCCCCAAAACGACAGAUCCUCCCUCUCCACGACCGUCCCCGUCUCCUCGACCUGAUUCUAAUGACAACCUCGGAAAGUCCGACAAAACAUUAAGUAUGAUAGGGUUACGGGCGGAAACCUCCCGAGCAGGCCGACCCACAAAUCGGAAGAGAUGGCAGAUACCCGCGAUCCAUGGGGCGACCCACCACAAGGCUAGUACAAGUACGGAGUACAGUAUCCGCACAGGUAAAACGCCAGGCAGAUUGAUUGUGCUGUAUAGACAUGAUACAUACAUACUUGUAAAUCCAGUUGGCCUCGGGGGACCCCAAUAUCGCAAGUACCCGGCGUCGCUUUUAGGGUACAAAUGGACUAUUGGAAGAGCCUUAGAACUUCAAUGGGCGAGAUUGGCUUUGUGACUCUGUCUCUGACUCACAGUUGAUCGGAGGAUCUUUCCUCCCUUUCCUUUGUUCCUCUUUCCCAUUUUCCGUCCUUCAUUUCUGUUCAAUCUCUCUGCUUGUCAUCAUCGGGGUCAUUCGAGAAUCGACAUGUUUCGAGCCCAGCAGGUGACUAAGGCAGUCAACGCCCUGGCGACGCUUACUCACCAUCCACGGAUACUCAUUACCAUUCUGA